AUGUCUCGCAUUCUUCGACCCGCAGCUCGCCUAGCUGCUUCGACCCGGGCUCUUCGCGCUCCCGCUGCCCCUUCGUUCGCCCAGUCUGCCGUCGCUCGCGCUGCUCUUGCCCGACCUGUUGUCUUCGGUUCCGCCCAGACCCGAUCCUACGCCGACGGCCAGAGCUCUGGUGUCAAGGAGGUCACUGUCCGAGAUGCGCUCAAUGAGGCUCUCGCUGAGGAGCUUGAGCAGAACGAGAAGGUCUUCAUUCUCGGUGAGGAGGUUGCUCAGUACAACGGCGCCUACAAGGUGACCAAGGGUCUUCUCGACCGCUUCGGUGAGAAGCGUGUCAUUGACACUCCCAUUACUGAGUCUGGUUUCUGUGGUCUCGCUGUUGGUGCUGCCCUCAGUGGUCUUCACCCCGUCUGUGAGUUCAUGACCUUCAACUUUGCCAUGCAGGCCAUCGAUCAGAUCAUCAACUCUGCUGCCAAGACCCUCUACAUGUCUGGUGGUAUCCAGCCUUGCAACAUCACCUUUCGUGGCCCCAACGGCUUCGCCGCUGGUGUCGGCGCUCAGCACUCCCAGGACUACUCCGCCUGGUACGGCAGCAUUCCCGGUCUCAAGGUCGUCUCUCCCUGGAACUCCGAGGAUGCCAAGGGUCUCCUGAAGGCCGCCAUCCGCGACCCCAACCCCGUCGUUGUUCUCGAGAACGAGUUGAUGUACGGUCAGAGCUUCCCCAUGUCCGAGGCUGCCCAGAAGGACGACUUCGUCAUUCCCUUCGGCAAGGCCAAGAUUGAGCGAUCCGGCAAGGACUUGACCAUUGUCACCCUUGGCCGCACUGUUGGCCAGUCUCUCAUUGCCGCCGAGAACCUCAAGAAGAAGUACGGUGUCGAGGUCGAGGUUAUCAACCUGCGAUCUAUCAAGCCUCUCGAUGUUGAGACCAUCAUCCAGUCCGUCAAGAAGACCCACCGUCUCUUGUCCGUCGAGUCUGGCUACCCUGCCUUCGGUGUCGGAUCUGAGAUCCUUGCCUUGACAAUGGAGUACGGCUUCGACUACCUCGAUGCCCCCGCCGCCCGUGUCACUGGUGCUGAGGUCCCUACCCCUUACGCCCAGAAGCUCGAGGAGAUGUCCUUCCCUACCGAGCAGCUGAUUGAGGACUACGCUGCCAAGGUCCUCCGUCUGUAG